GGCCCGGAGGGAGGAGCGCGGAGGGGGCGCCCCGGCCCCGCUGCCCUGGGGCUAUGGCCAUGGUGACCGGUGGCUGGGGCGGCCCCGGAGGCGGCGGCGACACGAACGGUGUGGACAAGGCGGGAGGCUACCCGCGCGCAGCCGAGGAAGACUCGGCCUCACCACCUGGCGCUGCCAGCGACGCGGAGCCGGGCGACGAGGAGCGGCCGGGGCUGCAGGUGGACUGUGUGGUGUGCGGGGACAAGUCGAGUGGCAAGCACUACGGCGUCUUCACCUGCGAGGGCUGCAAGAGCUUUUUCAAGCGGAGCAUCCGCCGCAACCUCAGCUACACCUGCCGGUCCAACCGUGACUGCCAGAUUGACCAGCAUCACCGGAACCAGUGCCAAUACUGCCGCCUCAAGAAGUGCUUCCGGGUGGGCAUGAGGAAAGAGGCGGUGCAGCGCGGCCGCAUCCCGCACUCGCUGCCAGGUACUGUGGCUGCCUCCUCAGGCAGCCCCCCAGGCUCGGCGCUGGCGGCAGCUGCUGCGGGCGGGGACCUCUUUCCGGGGCAGCCGGUGUCAGAGCUGAUCGCGCAGCUGCUGCGCGCUGAGCCCUACCCUGCGGCGGCUGGGCGCUUUGGCGCGAGCGGUGGUGCGGCGGGUGCGGUGCUGGGCAUCGACAACGUGUGUGAGCUGGCCGCGCGGCUGCUGUUCAGCACCGUGGAGUGGGCGCGCCACGCGCCCUUCUUCCCGGACUUGCCGGUGGCUGACCAGGUGGCGCUACUGCGCCUGAGCUGGAGUGAGCUGUUCGUGCUGAACGCUGCGCAGGCGGCACUGCCCCUGCACACGGCCCCGCUGCUGGCCGCUGCCGGUCUGCACGCCGCGCCCAUGGCUGCCGAGCGCGCCGUAGCCUUCAUGGACCAGGUGCGCGCCUUCCAGGAGCAGGUGGACAAGCUGGGCCGUCUGCAGGUCGAUUCAGCCGAGUAUGGCUGCCUCAAGGCCAUCGCGCUGUUCACGCCUGAUGCCUGUGGCCUCUCGGACCCAGCACAUGUGGAGAGCCUGCAGGAGAAGGCGCAGGUGGCCCUGACCGAGUAUGUGCGGGCCCAGUACCCAUCCCAGCCCCAGCGCUUCGGGCGCCUGCUGCUUCGGCUCCCUGCCCUUCGUGCAGUCCCCGCCUCCCUCAUCUCCCAGCUGUUCUUCAUGCGCCUGGUGGGCAAGACGCCCAUCGAGACACUGAUCCGAGACAUGUUGCUGUCUGGAAGUACCUUCAACUGGCCCUACGGCUCGGGCCAGUGAUUGGACAGGACCCGGGGCACGAUGGCCGGGUGUGCAGACCUCAAGGGACACGGCUGCUUAGGCCUCAAGGGGGAACCCCAGACGGAGGACCCCAGCCUUUCUCCUCAGACUCCUAUUUUUUAAAGACUGUGAAAUAUUUGUUUUUUCUGUUUUUUAAGUGAUCAUGAAACCAAAAAGUGACUGAUCGUCCAGGCUCCAGCCUUGUUCUCCCCAGAACCCCUGGCCAAGAUGGGAAGGACUGAGGUUCCAAUCUUGGGAUAGUCUUAUACUCAGUGCCCAGGCAUGGGAUGGUGGGAUUGGCUUCCCUGGUGUGAUGGCCAGAGGCCUGACGUCUGGCCUGGAGGGGCAGCUGCAGCCGGGCAGGGGUUGCGUGUCAGGCGGUUCCUCUGGACACAUGAUCCAUGUUGGACACUACAUGAUGAACGAAUCAAGGCCAAUGAUAAAGGUGUUUCCUACCUGCA